GAUAUACAAGCGAGCUAAACACUCAGGGAUAACCGCAAAUUAGGCUAUAACAGUCUAAUUAGUCUACGAUAGCCUAUUUAGGCGAUUUAUCUCUCCUAAUUAGGCUAUCAACAUGGUUUUUGCUGCCUAUCGCUGUUCUGUUGCAUAAUCGCAAUGAUUUUAUUAGCUAAAAACAUUCUAUAGAACCCCCUUUUGAUGGUCCAAAUAUAUUUUUCUUCAUUAUUUGCGCUGUCAGAAGAUAUAGCGUUUAGUUUGUUUUGAUUAAGAACGCAUGCGCUGUGUUACGGCUUCUUUGUUUUACGGCCACGGUUGCUUCUGAAAAAAGGCUAAAUUUCCCGUGCGCAUAUUUCCAACAUGGUGGCGCAUAGCCUAAAUAGACUAUUUCUCGUCUAAUUAGCCGAUCCAAAGACUUUUGACGUAUAAUUUUUAGUCCCGUGAAGCAAACUAUAAAACAUUUUCAGGAUGAUGAACAAAAUCAAUCAUCAAAUGUGAACGUCGUUGGUUGCCAUGACAGUACACUGCUGCAAACAGCAAAUGCGCACUUGUUAAAUACUGACGAAAAUUCCGUUGUUUUUUCUGGUUGCGUGCUCUUUGAUAACUGUUCGCAAAAAUCAUUCAUCACAAGUAACGCAAAACAACGAUUAAAAUUAAAAAUCAUCCGCAGCGAGAUUUUAAACGUAAAAGUGUUUGGCGACAACUCUUCAAAACCUCGAAAAUUAGACGUCGUAAAGGUUAAAAUUAAAAACGCCCAUUCUAACGAUUAUUCCGUAAUCGAAGCGUAUGUUAUGGACAUGAUAUGCUCACCUCUAUCUAACCAAAGAGUCGAUUUAGCGCAAACCCUUCUCCCAAACAUUUGCCUUGCUGACAACAACGCCUCUGACAAUAAACAGAUCGACGUUCUUAUAGGUGCAAAUUAUUAUUGGAACUUUGUAACAGGACAAAUUAUAAAAACCGAGAACGCUCUUACCACUGUUCAAACUAUCCUUGGUUGGACUCUUAACGGAAAUGUGCGGGUAUCUUCUUUCACUGUUAACGUUGCACACGUUUUACUUUCGCAUGGCGGGCACGAACUGUCAACUGAUAAUCUAAAGAAAUUUUGGCAAGUCGAGGACAUAAAUGAAGUAGAUACUACGUUUAACAUAGGUAAAUUCAGCGAGAAAAUUGAUUUCGACGGAGAAAGAUAUUCCGUCCCAUUACCAUGGAAACAAGAUCAUGAACAGAUACCGGACAAUUUCCAAAACAGCAGAAAUCGGUUAACAUCAGUCUUCCGCCGACUUAAGGCUGAGCCCGAGCUUCUGCAACAAUACGACGACAUCAUUAAACAGCAAAAACGUGACGGUAUCAUCGAGCAGUUGACAGAGCCGCCACCGCCGCCAGGUAAAGUCCAUUACUUGCCCCAUCAUUACAUCUUAAAGGAAGAUAAGUCCACAAACAAGGUGCGCAUUGUUUACGAUGCUUCUUCAAAUUCUCCGUCACUCAACGAUUGCUUGGAAAAGGGUCCUUCUCUUCUUCCUCUACUUAUGGACAUCCUUAUCCGUUUUGGGACCUACAAGGUUGCGGUAGCAAGCGACAUUAAACAAGCAUUUUUAAAUGUGGCGAUCAACACACCUGAUCGUGACUUCUUACGCUUCCUAUGGUUUGACGAUAUAACAAAAGAAAAUCCUCAACUCAUGAUAUACCGAUACACUCGUGUAAUCUUUGGAAUGAACGCUUCACAGUUCCUUUUAGCUGCAUCAAUUAUAAAGCACUUGGAGAAAUACCAAAGUGCCGACCCUGACUUUGUGCUAGCUUUCUUAGAAAACCUUUAUGUCGACGACAGCAUUGGCGGAGGAGAUACCAGCGAUCAGGUGUUCACAUUUUACCAAAAGGCAAAAGCACGGCUUAAGGAAGCUGGUUUAAUCUUACGUUCUAACAGUCCAACUCUCCAAGCGCAAAUCUCUAAAUUCGAAAUCAAGGAUCCAGCUCCUCCCGAUGAAAAAAUCUUGGGCAUCACAUGGGAUACGGCCAAUGACGAAAUGGAAAUAGACCUGUCAAGACAAAAACAGUUAGCUCAAUCCGACGUCCUUCUUACUAAACGCAACAUCCUAAAAAUCAUCGCAUCGAUUUACGACCCAGUCGGUUUGGUUUCGCCCCUCGUUGUACCGUUUAAGGUAUUCUUCCAGAAGUUAUGCACAACCGUAAACGAUUGGGACACUGAGGUUAGUGAGGAACUAAAGGACGAAUGGAAUUCGUUAAUACAGUUAUUUUCAAUCUCGUCGAAAUAUCGAUUGCCACGUUAUUACUUCGCUAACUAUCCUUUAAGUGAUUUGAAAAACAUCACCCUGCAUGGCUUUUGUGAUGCAAGUAAAAGAUCAUACGCUGCUGUUGUCUACAUUAUUGGAACGUUAUCAAGCGGACGCUCUAUUGGACGCAUUGUGUGUAGUAAAACAAAAGUAUCCCCUCUCAAUGAACUGUCUAUCCCUAGACUGGAGCUUCUCUCAUGCUUAAAAAAAAAACUAGAUUUUCAAAAAAGAGAAUCGCGAUUCGCGGUUGAAUGA